AUGCGGUCACUCGCCACCGCGCUCGUGGUGGCGCUGGCCAGCGGCCUGGCGCCGCAAACCAAGCCCAGUGCUGCCAAGGUGCAGCAAAAGGCGCGCAGCUGCGUCGAUUUGACUCAAAUUGCAAGCCGCGCGGCGCCAUCGACGCGACGCCGUGCCCGUCACCGCAUCUGCGCGCUGGCGUGGGCUUCCACGCCAUAGACGCGACGUCGCCUCCGUAACGCAAAACACACAGGCCCUCAGCAAGCAGCUCGGCACGCUCGCGGCCGGCGUCGCGCUCGCCGGCGUCGCCGCCGCGCCGGCCGCCGUCUUCGCCGAGGACGCCGUCGCCGAGGCGCCCGCCGCCGCCAAAGCCGCGGGCCCGGCCGCCGGCCGCACGGAGUUCCAGCGCCAGCUCUCCGCGCUGCGCGAGACGAAGCCCGCGGCCGCGAAGCCCAUCGUGCGCGAGGCGCCGGCUGCGGCGCCGGCGCCGACGAAGGCCGCGCCCAAGGCCGCUCCGAAGGCCGCGAAGCCCGCGAAGAAGGAGGCUCCGGCCGUGGCGGACGGCGCGCCGCGCGCCGCCGACGUGUCCUUCGACAAGCCCGCUCAAGCGAAGCGCGAGGGCAAGGUCAUCAAGAAGGCGCCGGCCAAGCCCAAGUCGGAACGCGACGCCGACGCCGCGAAAGCCAAGGAGGCGGCCCGCGUCGCCGCGCGCGAGAAGGCCGCGGCCGCGGCCGCCGCGCAGGAGGCGAAGGCGGCGGCGAAGGCCGCCGAGGCGGCCCAGGCGCGCGCGGCGCGCGCCGCCGCGAAGGCCGCGGCGCCUGCUGCGCCUGCGCCGGCGCCCGCCAAGGGCAAGGUCGUUAUCCGUGUGUCCUUUGUCCCCUUCCCCGCGCCAUCGACGCGACACAUGAAUCACCGGUCGACUCCCUGCCCAGGCGAAGGCCGCGCCGGCGCCGGCUCCUGCGCCCGCCAAGGGCAAGGUCGUUCUCCGUGUCCGUUGUCCCCUUCAGUGCAUCGAUGGCGUGACACAUGACUCACCGGUCGACUCUCUGCGCA